UACCCUCUCAUGUUCACCAACCCCCUCCAUUCACAAACUUAAAUAAAUCAAAUUAAAUAAAUUCCCUGUUUCUUCUCUCCAACUAAAUUAGCCUAACUUCAUAAUUUAUUCAUCCUCUUUCAUUUCCAAAUACAUCUGUUCUACUACUCCAACCUUUUAUCAGCUUAAUCUCAAUUAUUCUUCUAACAUAGACCUUCAAUGGCGUCGUCUCUCUCUUCCAAACAAUUCUUGGGUUCUGCAACUUCGAAUGCGCUCGGAUCUGCUAAUUCUGGCUUUCGCAAAUUAUCGUCUCCUCCUGCUCAAAUCUCUUUCCGCCGAAAACCUGGGAAAUUUGAAGUUCAAGCUGCUGGAAGUACAUUUGGAAAUUAUUUCCGUGUUACAACAUAUGGAGAAUCACAUGGUGGUGGUGUUGGAUGCGUGGUUGAUGGCGUCCCACCUCGACUUCCCUUAUCUGAGGAAGAUUUACAAGUAGAUCUUGACAGAAGGAGGCCUGGCCAAAGCCGGAUUACUACCCCAAGGAAAGAGACAGAUACUUGCAAAAUUAUUUCUGGAGUUGCUGAAGGAAUGACUACUGGAUCACCAAUUGCAGUAAAUGUACCUAAUACUGACCAAAGAGGACAUGACUAUAGCGAAAUGUCAAAAGCUUAUAGGCCAUCUCAUGCUGAUGCAACUUAUGACUUCAAGUAUGGUGUUAGAUCUGUACAGGGUGGUGGAAGAUCUUCUGCCAGAGAAACUAUUGGAAGAGUUGCAGCUGGAGCCAUAGCUAAGAAGAUACUUAAGAAGUUCGCUGGAACUGAGGUUCUUGCUUACGUAUCCCAAGUGCACAAGGUGGUUCUUCCAGAGGGAAUUAUCGAUAAUGAUACAUUGACUCUUGAACAGAUAGAGAGUAAUAUAGUCAGAUGCCCUGAUCCAGAAUAUGCAGAAAAAAUGAUUGCAGCUAUAGAUGCAGUUCGAGUUAAAGGAGAUUCUGUUGGUGGUGCUGUCACUUGUAUAGUUAGAAAUGCUCCACGUGGACUUGGCUCACCAGUUUUUGACAAACUUGAAGCUGAGCUGGCUAAAGCUGCUCUGUCAUUGCCUGCAACUAAGGGUUUUGAGUUUGGCAGUGGUUUUGCAGGUACCUUUAUGACUGGGAGUGAACAUAAUGAUGAGUUUUACAUGAAUGAACAUGGGAAGAUUAGGACAAAAACAAAUCGUUCUGGUGGUAUCCAGGGUGGAAUAUCCAAUGGUGAAACUAUUUAUAUGAGAAUAGGUUUCAAGCCGACCUCUACAAUUACAAAGAAACAACAUACUGUUACAAGAAAUAAAGAGGAUACAGAACUUAUUGCUCGAGGGCGGCAUGACCCUUGUGUUGUCCCACGAGCUGUACCAAUGGUGGAAGCAAUGGUGGCACUAGUACUUGUUGAUCAGUUGAUGGCACAAUAUGCGCAGUGUGAGCUAUUCCCUAUCAACCCUGCCCUGCAGGAACCCAUGGAGUUACCAAGGCUAGAUGAGGCUAGCGUUUAAGUUUCGCCGUUGUGAGUUUUGCAAGCCUGUAAAUUAGGAAACUCGGGUUUAUGCUAUGUGUAUCUUAUUUAAUUUUUUUUUUUUUUCUUUUCUACAUUUUUCUUUUUUUGGACAUAAUUAUUUCAACUUAUGGAGAACCACUUCUCAUGCAAUUAUUGUAAAAUUUUGUUUGCGUUACGUUGUCCUUAUUGUUUAGACAUGCUACGAAAUUAGUUCUGUUCCACAAUGGAACAAAUUGAAUUGUCAAUAAAGCUCUUCAGUUGAUUACACUACUAUGUAAGCAUUUACUAUAUAGCUUGUGGCUUUUGGUCUUCAUGUUGCA